GGCAGUGCAGGCUCAAGCUGUGAUUCGAGGCCUCACACGAAUCACAGUCAUCACAGGACGCUGGUCUCGGUGUCUCGUUGCUCACAAUCGGACAUCGGACAUCGCACGCGUACACAGUAAUCAGUUUAUGGGUUAAAAUUGUAUUAGUUUACGCCACGCCACGCAUAAGGACAUGAAUCCCGACAAGAAGCCAGUGCCAGACAACGGGCAGGACGAGCCCGAGGAGCAGCAGCGGCAGGGCUCCACGGCAGCGGAAGUGAGCACUCCUGCACCGCUGGAGGACUUGGCAGUGCUGGCACCCAUCGAGCGGAACUACUUUAUGCGCAUCAGUCGCCAGGAGCAGGCCACAAGCGUCAGGCAGCCAGCGAAUUGGCGGGCAAGGCCGCAACAGGCCGCAAAGAGGAGCGGCAAGGCACGUGGAAGUGCAGUCCAAAUGGGAGCUGCUGCUGCAACAUCUGGAGCUUUCACAUCUUCCGCUGCUCCAACAUCUUCCGCAUCCACAACUGAAGGAGCUGCGGGUACUACCACAACUGAAGGAGCUGCCCCUUCAAAUGGCUUUGCCACAACUCCCCUGAACGCAGCUGACCAUGAGGAGAUUCCUCUCGAUGGCUAUGGCUCGUCGGACGACGAUGAUUUCUCCGACUUUUGCGAGUACGACACCAUGUUCCAGGAGCAGCCGAACUAUGCUUUGGUUCAGACCUGGUCCUCCUAUGUAAAGCGUCGUUGUGCGGCCGCCGGCGGACAGCGGGCGCCACUGGAGAUGGGGCAACCGGCAGCCACCUCGGGGUGCCACAUGCCACCGACUGACAACUGGCGCGCUCGCUCGGCCACAGCUUCAACUGAAGCGGCCUCAACCAGCAGCUGGCGCCGCAACUUGGACUACACCCAUCAACGCCGAAGGUCAAGGUCGGGCCACCACAAUCCAGAUGCCAGUGGCAGCCAGGAGGAGCUGCUGCGACCCGAGAGACAGCCGGCACGACGACCCCACCACAACACUCGCGGCCACCAUGGCCGUCAGCGCAACCAGUGGACUAAUUCUGCCUACCACCAUCCCCCGACCCUCAACGGUGCAGGCAGCCCCCACCCCGAGCAUCCGGGCUUCACAAAUGGUUGGAUUGGCGCGCCCGGAGCUCGUGCAUAUCGGCAGGAGGGCUUCCGGGGAUUCAGCAUGAUCGGUGGAUUCCAGCGGACUCGCAGCUUCGGCCCGUCCAACAAUCGCCGACCGCCGCCCAGUGCCGACGCCAACCCAGGACGACGCGGCUCCAUGUAGUUUGGAGGCCAA